CAGGUUGCAGAGAUUUCCUGCUGUUUAUCAGAGGAAAUUCUGAAAUAGCCAGCAGUGUUUAUUCCCUGGUGCUGGUUAAAACCUUUUCCAUGGAAUCGGAGCAAAGACCCCUGGAUAAGGACGGAGCAAUAUGAGGUCUCCACUUGGAGCUGCUCUUUUGCUACAUCUUUUUUGCCACAGUUUUGCCGGAGGAAGCCUCAGUCCAUCAGUGACACCAGCAAGUUCAGAGUUUCCAUCCUCCAUCAGUUCCACAUCCACCUUGAAGAAGACCAGGAUACCUUUGGAUUCCACAGCCCAUUCUGUACCUGGUACACCCACAGCUGGACCGCCUCCAUCUUCCUGGAAUGAGUCAAGCUCAAGCAGAGCUCCAUUUGGGAGUUCUUCCACAGCUAAAAACCUUCUUCUGGUACUACUCCUUGUCAUUGCAAUGCUGGUUCUGAUUGGUCUCAUUGUUCUGCGAUUCAAAUGCAGAAAUUAUCGAAAGCAAAAGCGAGAGGCAAAAGACAUCACUUCGCAGCAAUCCACUGCGGUUCGAGACCAGGUGACCCUCAUCUCUGUACGGAUGACUGAUACUGAUGCAGGUAAAGGAACGUUCUGGAAAGAUAAUGUUGCGGAAAAUGGAAAGGUCGAGGAUUGUGCUCAGAUCCACAAUCAAUAACGAAUUUCUCUAGACUGACCGUGGUUAUACACAGGACAAUCAAAUCACAUCCACACAUGGCCACUUGAAGGAGCUUCAUUCCAAAUCGGGAACUUGAAAUGAAUCUUUGAAACCACGUGAUGUUUAAUUGAUUUAUUACAACAACGCUCAACAGAAUUUUGAUUGUGAUAUUGUUGAGUUACCCACAAAAAUCAUCCCAAUUUCAGAGCAUUUACAGAAAUCUCAGAGUUAACCAUGACUGACAGGACUGCUGAUGUAUUUUGGAGCACAGACCCUUACAGGUCUGUAUUAAACACUCAUCGAGCAGCAAUUAUUUCCUUCUUAGGCACUAAGUGAUGAGUCUUGUCCUAAUUCUGAUAAUUGAAUUUAUUGUGUUAGCAAUUGCCUGGAGUUAUUUCCAGUUGAAUCUUGUCCAGUGUUCCUGCUGAUGCAUUGCUAACAAUCAUAUUCUUCUAACCUUCAUUAGAUUAAGUAUAGUACCCUGAAACAGGCCAUUCAGCCCAACUGUUUUAUGCAGCUGUUGAGUUAUUGAACAGAUCUGAGAAGGGCACUAUAUCCAUACCCAGGCAGCUGGAUGGCAUCACAGCAUGUGAUACUCCAACAGAAAGAACUCUCUGUAUGUUCAAUUGGUAAUCAACCAGUCAGCUGUGAAUAAAAUAUUAUAGUAACCUACAAAAGUGUAUGACUCAGACUUCUCAGACAUAAGUCUGAAAAGUAUUUGAGCCUAGAUUGUUAGUUGUUAAUAAACUUCCAGAUACCUGAUUCACCAUGA